AUGAAUGAACAAUUGCAAUUAAUGAAAUUUAGGCAUUAUGGAGAAUAUAUUCAAUUAUCAUGCCGGUAUUCAAUUAAAGCUCAAACAGAUGAUCCAUUAUUUACAAUUUAUAAAUACAUAAUUCAACCACUAAUAGGUGAUUUAUUUGAUAUUGAUGUUGCUUUAAACACUGGAAAACAAGCGUCUGAUACUCGUUUAAAUAUUCCUGCACUAUCUUCUUAUUGUGUACCAUGCGGAAGAAAUGCACAACGUGAAAGUGAAGCUGCUUCUGAAGUUAUUGAAAUUCCACCAAUAGAAGGUUAUUCUGAGUUUCAUAUGGAUGUUGACAAAGAACUUUUUCUCUGGUCGGUAAUAACCGAUCGACAUGAACUUAAUCUUCUAUUUUGGGCACGUUGUAAAAAUAAAAUUUGUGCUGCAUUAGUUGCAGCAUUAGUCUAUCGAAAAUAUGCUCAUAAAAACCAUGACAAUCGCUAUUAUGAAAAAGCUGAUGAAUUUGAAGGUUUGGCUGUGGAAAUACUUGAUCGUUUUCAUCAAAGUGAUCCAUAUAUCUGUACGAAAGCGAUCAUAAGACAAAUAUCAGCCUAUGGUAAUGCCACGUGGUUAGAUUUAGCUAUAAAAGCUGAUGCCAAGCGAUUUAUUGGUCACCGAGCAGUACAAAAUGUACUGAAUAAUAUUUGGUAUGGAUAUAUUGAUCAUAAACAGAGUUCUGUGGCUAUCCUUCUAGCUACACUUAUGCCUUGGUUCAGUGGUUUUCUUUGUUAUCAUAACAAACUAGUCAAAACCAAUGACCAGACGACUUUUCUAGAAAACAUACUGAAGGACUCCGAUUUAUUGGAACCAAUUGCAACAACAGAUUCAACAAAUUUAUUGCGCAGGUCUUAUAUUAUAUAA